CUGGCACAGGCUGGAGAAGAAAAGGAGGCCUGGGGCAGCACAGCCCACUGUGGUCAUCAGGGGCUGUGACCACCAUGGCCUGGGCUCCUCUGCUCCUGCUGCUCCUCUCUCACUGCACAGGUUCCCUCUCCCAGCCUGUGCUGACUCAGCCGCCCUCCCUGUCUGCGUCUCUGGACACAACAGCCAGACUCACCUGCACCCUGAGCACUGGCUACAGUGUUGGCAGUUAUGUAAUUGGCUGGUACCAGCAGGUGCCAGGGAGGCCUCCCAGGUAUCUCCUGACCUACCACACAGAAGAAAUUAAACACCAGGGCUCCGGGGUGCACAGCCGCUUCUCUGGAUCCAAGGAUGACUCGGCCAAUGCAGGCGUCCUGAGCAUCUCUGGGCUGCAGCCCGAGGACGAGGCCGACUAUUACUGUGCUACAGCUCACGGUAGUGGGAGCAGCUUCCAUGCUGUGUUCGGCGGAGGGACCCAGCUGACCGUCACAGGUCAGCCCGCGGUGACCCCCUCGGUCAUUCUGUUCCCGCCCUCCUCUGAGGAACUCAAGGACAACAAGGCUACCCUGGUGUGUCUGAUCAAUGACUUCUACCCCAGAACCGUGAAGGUAAACUGGAAGGCAGAUGGCAACUCUGUCACCCAGGGCGUGGACACCACCCAGCCCUCCAAACAGAGCAACAACAAGUACGCGGCCAGCAGCUUCCUCAGCCUGUCAGCCAAUCAAUGGAAAUCCUACCAGAGUGUCACCUGCCAGGUCACGCACGAGGGCCACACUGUGGAGAAGAGCCUGGCCCCUGCAGAAUGCUCCUAGGGCCCCACCCUCACCCACCCCCAGGGGCCAGGAGCUGCAAACCCCAGCAGGUUCUCACCUUGUCCCCUACCCACCAUCAUCCCACCCUUCCCUUGUACCCAAAAAACUCUCAAUAAAUAUCCUCACUUUUUCAAUCAGAAA